AUGUCGGGACGCAUGUCGGGACGCGUGCAGGGACUCCCUUGUCGGAUGGGGAAGAGGAAGUUCAGCAAGUUGGAGAUCACUUUGAUUGUCCUCUUCUGCCUGGUGGUGGUCGCUCUGUGCGUCCUCAUCGGGCUCUUGGCCACCAGGGAUUCAGCGUCCUCAGAGGAUGCCGCCGUGGCCACAGCCCAGAGGGUCGACUGCAUCCCGGACCAGAUCGCCACCAAGAGCCUCUGCUCGCGGCGCGGCUGCUGCUGGAGCCCCCUCAGCGACCCCAACGCGCCCUGGUGCUACUUCUCCUCAGACCAUGGCUACACAGUGGAUGGGGACCUGGUGACCACGCAGCAGGGCCUGCAGGCGGCGCUGGCCAGGCUCCCCUCGCCGUCGCUCUUCGGCCAGGACAUCGACAACCUUCUGCUCACCACCCAGCACCAGACGCCCAACCGCCUCCGCUUCAAGAUCACUGACCCCAACAACCAAAGGUAUGAAGUCCCCCAUGAGCAUGUGGGAUCCUUCACUGAUCCAGCAGCCUCCAACCUCAACUAUAAAGUUGAGGUCCAGCACAACCCCUUUGGCAUCAAGGUGAUCAGAGCCAGCACUGGAAAAGUUGUCUUUGACACCACCAUCGGUCCUCUGGUCUACGCCAACCAGUUCCUGCAGCUCUCCAUCAGGCUGCCCAGCGGCAACAUCUACGGGGUGGGAGAGCAGAUCCACAAGCGGUACCAGCACGACCUCAACUGGAGGGUCUGGCCCAUAUUCACCAGGGGCACCAAUCCUUCUGCGAAUGUAGAGAAUUUAUAUGGAGCUCAGACCUUCUUCCUGUGCUUGGAGGAUGAAAGUGGAGCCUCUCUCGGGGUCUUCUUGAUGAACAGCAAUGCCAUGGACGUCACCAUGCAGCCGGCGCCGGCCGUCACCUACAGAGUCACUGGGGGAGUGCUGGACUUCUAUGUCUUCCUUGGGGACACCCCGGAGCAGGUGGUGCAGGAGUACGUCCAGUUCAUUGGGCUGCCAACGUUGCCUUCCUACUGGACCCUGGGCUUCCAGCUGAGCCGCUACAAUUACACCUCCCUGGAUGAGGUGAAGGCUGUGGUGGAGCAGAACAGAGCCCUCGACCUCCCUUAUGACGUGCAGUACAUAGACAUUGACUACAUGGAGAAUUGGAAAGAUUUCACCUACGACAAAGAGAGGUUCAGAGACCUGCCCAACUUCCGAGCCUUCCUGAACGAGCAGGGGCAGAAGUACGUCCUCAUGCUGGACGCCGCCGUGGGCAUGUCUCCCAUGGCUGACGGCUCCCCGUACCUGGCCUACCAGAGGGGGCAGAGCAGGGGCGUCUGGCUGAACGAGUCCGAUGGCCACACGCCGUUGAUUGGCAAGGUGUGGCCAGGCCUCACAGUCUACCCAGACUUCACCAACCCUGAGUGCUCUGACUGGUGGCUGGAGGAAUGCAGACUCUUCUACGACCAAGUUCCCUUCGACGGGAUCUGGAUCGAUAUGAAUGAACCUACUAAUUUACUGGAAGGCUCAACUAAAGGUUGUGAGGAUAAUGAAUACAACUACCCUCCCUUCACACCACACGUCGUCAACCGGCUGCUCUACUCCAUGACCACCUGCAUGGAUGCCAGGCAGUACCUUGGCAUUCACUAUGAUGUCCACAGCCUCUACGGCUACUCCAUGGCCAUCUCCACGCGGAGAGCCAUCGAAGUUUUGUUCCCUGGCAAGCGCAGCUUCCUCCUCUCCAGGUCCACUUUUGCAGGCUCAGGGAAGUUCACAGGACACUGGCUGGGGGACAACACAGCCUCCUGGGACGACCUCAAGUGGGCCAUACCUGGCAUGCUGGAAUUUGGCCUCUUUGGAAUCCCCUAUAUUGGAGCAGACAUUUGUGGCUUCUUUGUGGACACCACGGAGGAGCUCUGCCGGCGCUGGAUGCAGGUUGGAGCCUUCUACCCUUUCUCCAGGAACCACAACUCGGAGGAGUGCGCUCCCCAGGACCCAGCUGUCUUUGGAGCCAACUCCCUCUUGGUGAACAGCUCCAAGCACUACCUGAACAUCCGCUACACCCUGCUGCCCUACCUCUACACACUCUUCUACCGAGCUCACACGCGGGGGGACACGGUGCUGAGGCCUCUCCUCCACGAGUUCUACGCUGAAAACACCACCUGGAGCGUGGACAGGCAGUUCCUGUGGGGUCCUGGGCUCCUCAUCAGCCCUGUCCUCGAUCCAGGGGUGGAGGUCAUCCAGGCCUAUAUCCCUGACGCUGUCUGGUACGACUAUGAUUCAGGAGCAAGCCUGGGCCAGAGGAAGCAGUGGGUGGCACUGCACCUUCCUGCAGACAAGAUGGGAGUGCACCUGCGAGGAGGCUACAUCCUCCCUACCCAGCAGCCAGCCACCACCACCGUGGCCAGCCGUAAGAACCCCAUGGGCCUCAUCGUGGCGCUGGAUGACAAGAAGGAAGCAGUUGGGGAGUUGUUCUGGGAUGAUGGAGAGUCCACAGGGACCAUCGAGAGCAAAUCCUACAUCUCCUAUAACUUCACAGUGGCCAACAACGUUCUGGAGAUGCAGGUCCUGCACAGUGGCUAUGUGGACCCCAACCAGCUGAGAUUCACUCAGGUGAAGGUCUUGGGGGUGGCCUCAGCUGCCCAGACGGUGACAGUGACACAGAAUGGCCAACAGAUUCCUUCUUCUCACUCUGUGACCUACAACAGCCAAACCCAGUUUGGCAACUGGAACUAA